AUGAAAUUUGGUACAAUCUGUAAUACUAUUCGUUUAUUUUCAACUGAUCAUAUUAUACCAAAAGUCUGUAUUAUUGGUGCAGGACCUGCAGGAUUUUAUGCUGCGCAACAGUUAUUAAAGGUAAAUAGUAAUAUAAAAGUGGAUGUAUUGGAAAAGUUACCAGUACCAUAUGGCUUAGUACGUUUUGGUGUAGCUCCAGAUCAUGCAGAAGUGAAAAAUGUUAUUCAUACAUUUGAGAAGAUUGCAUCAAAUCCACGUUUUCAAUUUGUAGGAAACGUUAAUGUAGGAAAAGAUGUCACUAUAAAAGAAUUGGAAGAAAUUUACCAUGCAGUUUUACUGACAUAUGGUGCAGAAGAAGAUAAAAGAUUUAAUAUCCUUGGAGAAAAUUUAAAUAAUGUAAUAUCAGGGCGACGAUUUGUUGGUUGGUAUAAUGGAGUACCAGCAGAUAGUAAUUUAAACAUUAAUUUAGAUGUAGAAGAAGCAGUUAUAUUAGGACAAGGUAACGUCGCUAUAGAUAUUGCAAGAAUUUUAUUGACACCAAUAGAUAAACUAAAGAAUACUGAUAUAACAUCAUUUGCAUUGGAGAAAUUGUCACAAAGUAAAGUACGUAAAGUAUCAUUAGUAGGAAGAAGAGGACCAUUACAAGCUGCAUUUACUAUAGCUGAAUUACGAGAGAUAUUAAAACUAAACAACUGUAGAAGUUACUGGCGCAGAGAUGAUUUUAUAAACAUAAAGGAAAUAGUUAAUACUUUACCCAGACCACGAAAGAGGCUAACUGAACUUAUGCUAAAAUAUUUAGAAGAAACACCUUUGGAUGUAAGAACAACGACAAAAGAAUUAUGUCCAAUAUUUUUAAGAAAUCCUGUGAAGUUUUUUGGUUCUGAUAGCAUAAAUGGUAUUAAACUAUCAGUAAAUAGACUUGAAGGUGAUAACAUGCUUACACAACAUGCAGUACCUACUGGAUUAUAUGAAGAAAUUCCAUGUGGCCUAGCAUUUCGUAGUAUUGGUUAUAAGUCUCUCCAAAUAGAUACAUCAAUACCAUUUGACACUAAAAUUGGUCGUGUUAAAAAUUUAGCAGGGAAAGUUAAAGAUAAACUUUAUGCUGCAGGAUGGGUUGCAACAGGUCCUGUAGGUGUUAUAUUAUCAACAAUGACAAAUGCAUUUCAAGUUAGUACAUUGAUAAAUAAAGAAUUACUAGUUACAGAAAAUAAACCAGGUUUUGUAUAUUUGUCUAAAAUGCUUGAUCAAAAGGGGAUACAUAUAGUAUCAUAUAAUGAUUGGAAGAAAAUUGACAAAGUAGAAUGUGAAAAUGGACAAAAAUUAGGAAAACCAAGAGAAAAAAUAGUUAAUAUUAAGGAAAUGUUAGAAAUUACUGUGAGGUAA